AUGGAGUCUGGAGGUGCUGAGUCUGGGGGUGCUGAGCCUGGGAGUGCUACACCUGGAGGAGCUCUCUCCUCCGAGCAGCUGCGUGAGUGGUACUUACAGUACUGCAGCCUCAGGAGAGGUGCUUCUGGCGCUCGGAGCGCUGCUGGAGCUGGUGCUAGUGCUUCCCCUCCUAGGCGGGCGCUGCCCUCUCCCCUGCAGCUCCGCGAGUGGUACGCUCGGCACUGCAGUCUCCGGAGUGGCGCUCCUCGCGUCGCGGACCCCGGUGCUGCUGCUGGAGCUGCUGGGGGUGCUGCUGGUCCUGGUGCUGCUGGUGCUGGUGCUGCUGGAGCUGCUGGAGGUACUGCUGGUGCUGCUGGAGCUGCUGGAGGUGUUGCUGGUGCUGGUACUGCUGGAGCUGCAGGAGGUGCUGCUGCUGCUGCUGGUGCUGCUGGAGCUGCUGGAGGUGUUGCUGGUGCUGGUGCUGCUGGAGCUGCAGGAGGUGCUGCUGCUGCUGGCGGUGCUGCUGGCGCUGCUGGAGGUACUGCUGGUACUGGUGCUGCUGGUACUGCUGCAGCUGCUGGAGGUGUUGCUGGUGCUGGUGCUGCGGGAGGUGCUGCUGCUGCUGCUGCAGCUGCUGGAGGUGCUGGUGCUGCUGGUGGUGCUGCUGGUGCUGGAGCUGCUGGAGCCGCCGGUCUUGGAGGUGCUCAUACUGGAGGUACUGGAGCUGCUGGGACUGGAGCUGCUGAGGGGGUUGGCGCUGGAGGUGCUGAGCGACUGCGGCCGUACUACGUUCCGCUCCUUCAGCAGGUUCUUGGUCUCCCGCCCUCUCCUGGUCCUACUCCUCCUCCCCUACUGAGUCCACCACCUGUCCCGUCGCAGUCACAGUUACAGCCUGCCUCUCCACUGCCUGGUCCUUCUCCUUACACUGCGCCGACAGGUAGCUUUACGGAGCGUCGUGAGCCUGAGUCUCGUCCUCCGUCGCCUGAGUCCAGUCCUGCGUCUUCUGAGUCUCGUCCAGAGUCGCCUGUCCGCACUGCCCGCACUGGUCGUCGUGCUCCGCGUCAGCGUCCUCCUCCUGUCCUUGGCACUCACUAUAUGACCCUGCGUCCUUCCACUGCUCCACAGCGCGUCCCUCUGCCGUCUCCUCCUGCGUCCUCUCUUCCUGACGUUGCCGACCCGCCGUCAAACCUUACUCGUGCUGCCAGUCCUACUGUCGCGCGUCUCCUUGCCACUGUUGUCACUGACCCUACCUUUGAGUCCUCUGCUGCGUCUGCUCUGGUCGCUGAGCUUGUUGACUUUGCUGCAGCCUGUCGUCUAGACCACGCCGCUAACCUUGUUGCUGAGUCUGAGUCUGUGUCUGUCUGUCCUCCGUCCGUCGGGGGUGAGUGUGCUCUUGGCACGGACGUCCUUGAGGACAGACAGGAGGAGUUUGAGUGCUUUGCUGCUGCUUUACCUCAUCUCGUGUCCAUGCUGAUUGCCCCUGAGGGAGACCCGGAUGCACCAGACAUCCCGACCCCACGCUCCUACGCAGAGGCGAUGGAGGGUGAGUACUCCUCUCAGUGGCAGACAGCCAUGGACGCAGAGAUGGCUUCCUGGAAGUCCACAGGCACCUACGUCGACGAGGUUCCCCCACCUGGGGCGAACAUCGUCAGUGGCAUGUGGAUUUUCAGGGUGAAGCGGCCGCCAGGUUCUCCGCCUGCCUUCAAGGCGCGUUACGUUGCACGAGGCUUCAGUCAGCGAGAGGGAGUUGACUUCUUCCAGACCUUCUCCCCGACCCCGAAGAUGACCACUCUUCGGGUUCUGCUGCACGUCGCCGCUCAGCGUGACUACGAGCUCCACUGCCUUGACUUCAGCACUGCGUUCCUACAGGGCACCAUGCACGAGGAGAUCUGGCUGCGCCGCCCACCUGGCUUCACUGGGUCGUUCCCUCCUGGUACCCAGUGGAGCCUCCGGCGGCCGGUCUACGGUCUCCGCCAGGCGCCCCGUGAGUGGCACGACACACUGAGGACUACUCUUGCUGCUCCUGGGUUUGCUCCUUCUACUGCUGACCCGUCGCUGUUUCUACGCACCGACACCACUCUGCCGCCGUUCUACGUUCUCGUGUACGUAGACGACUUGGUCUUUGCUACUGCUGACACUGAGGCACUUGCCCACGUGAAGUCGGAGCUGCAGAAGAGACACACGUGCACAGACUUGGGUGAGCUGACAAGCUAUCUUGGCUUGCGGAUCACCCGGGAUAGAGCACAGCGCACCAUCACCUUGACUCAGUCACACAUGGUGCAGCAGGUCCUUCAGCGCUUCCGCUUCACGUACUCCUCGCCUCAGCCCACUCCUCUGCCUACCGGUCACUCGCUCUCAGCUCUGCCUUCGGAUGAGUCCGUAGAGCCGAGUGGCCCGUAUCCAGAGCUUGUGGGCUGCCUCAUGUACCUGAUGACCUGCACUCGACCUGACCUAGCCUACCCUCUUAGCAUCCUAGCACGCUAUGUCGCUCCUGGCCGUCACCGGAAGGAGCACAUGGAUGCCGCUAAGAGGGUGUUGCGCUACUUGUGCAGUACGUCGAGCAUGGGGCUUGUGCUUGGAGGACGGCGCGACGUUGUCCUCACUGGACACUCAGACGCUUCUUGGGCUGACGACCAGGCUACGCAGCGGUCGUCUCAGGGUUACACCUUCAGCCUUGGCUCUGGCUCUGUUUCCUGGCGUUCUACACGCUCUUCCUCUGUUCUCAGCUCCAGUUGUGAGGCUGAGAUCUACGCCACAGCCAUGGCUGCCCAGGAGCUACGCUGGCUCACCUACCUGCUGACCGACCUCGGAGAGCGGCCUCGUUCUUCUCCAGUGCUGUACGUCGACAACAAGGCAGCCAUUGCCUUGUGUGAGGAGCACAGACUGGAGCACAGAACGAAGCACAUCGCUCUGCGCUACUUCCUUGCUCGAGAGCUGCAGCAGCGUGGUCAGCUUCGUCUGCGUUACGUGGCCACUCGGGCCAACACUGCUGAUGUGUUCACCAAGGCACUUCAGUCUUGUGACCAUCAGCGUUUCUGUACUGUUCUAGGCCUUGUGCCUACUCUCCCUCACUUGCUCACUUCUUGA